UCUGCUCUUUCGUAACUAGCUCAGCUCACAUAUGAAGAAUAGAUUAUUUUUUUUCUGAAAAUUCUAUGGAUUGGCUCGUAAAAUUUUCAUAGAUAUUCUCCAGAUUCUCCAAUUGCUCUAAAAUCAUGGCGUUACUUCGCCAAAAACUACCAUCAUUUGUUCUCUCAUCGUCCAACAAUUCCCUCCGCUCAUCCAUACGAAAACUAAACUCAAUUUCAGCUGAACUUAUCAACGAUGAUGCUACUGUUAAUUCAAUUUGCGACUCAUUCAGAAGACGCGAAAGCUGGGACACUCUUACUCGAAAUUUCGAGAUGCUCGAACUGAACGAUUUCUUGGUUCAGAAAGUUUUGCUUAACUUCCAGCAACCUGUUGAUGCCGAACGAGCUCUGGGGUUCUUCCACUGGUCGGCCAAGAGGAAGAAUUUCAGUCAUGGGCCUCGACCUUACUGUAUUAUGGUUCACAUUUUAGUAAAAGCGCGGCUGGUGAUCGAUGCCCGGGCUUUGCUGGAGUCAAUUUUGAAGAAAAAUGAGGGCAACUCUUUCUAUUUCUCUGUUGUGGAUUCGCUACUGGAUACUUAUGAGGUGACUUCUUCAUCCCCUUUAGUGUUCGAUCUAUUGGUUCAGAUUUGUGCUAAAUUGAGAUUGAUUGACUUUGCUUUGAGUGUGUGUUCCCAUUUGGAGGGACGUGGUUUCUCGUUGAGUCUGAUUAGUUUCAACACUUUGAUUCAUGUUGUGGAAAAAUCUGACGAGAAUCAUAAGGUGUGGAAGAUUUAUGAGCAAAUGAUUCAGAAAAGAGUUUACCCAAACGUAGUUACUGUUAGAAUCAUGGUCAGUUCGUUGUGCAAGGAGGGUAAAUUGCAAGAAACUUCUGAUAUGUUGAAUAUAAUCCAUGGGAGUCGUUGCUCUCCUUCUUUGAUUGUCAAUGCUUGUUUAAUUUACAGGAUUUUGGAGGAGGGAAGAGUUGAUGAUGGUAUAAUGUUGUUGAAGAGGAUGUUGCUGAAAAAUAUGGUUCUUGAUGACAUUGCUUAUUCRCUAAUUGUUUAUGCUAAAGUAAAACAGGGGAACAUAACUUCUGCAUGGGAAGUGUUUGAGGAAAUGUCUAAAAGAGGAUUUCAGGCAAAUUCUUUCAUUUAUACCUUGUUCAUAGGUGCACAUUGUAGAGAGGGAAAGAUUGAAGAAGCUAAUAGCUUGAUGCAAGAGAUGGAAAACAUGGGUUUGAAGCCAUAUCCUGAGACCUUCAAUCUUCUCAUUGAAGGGUGUGCUACAGCAGGAAAUGCAGAAGAAAGCUUGAGAAUGUGYGAGAGAAUGUUGGAAAGAGGGUUUCUUCCCAGUUGUUCAGCUUUCAAUGUGGCAACAGCCAAAGUUUUUGAGGGAGGAGAUUUGGAAAAGGCUAAUGCAAUGUUGACCAUUUUAUUAGAUAACGGGUUUUCACCUGAUGAAACCACUUACACCAAUCUUAUCGUGGGAUAUGGGAAAAAGGGUGAAAUUCAAGAAAUUCUUAAGCUUUUCAAUGAAAUGGAAGCCAGAUUACUGUCUCCUGGAGUGUCAGUUUUCUUGGCACUCAUUGCGAGCUUCUGCCAAUCUGGGAAACUGGUGGAAGCAGAGAAAUAUUUGAAGGUUAUGAAAGAUCGUUCGUUAGCACCAAGUGCGUUGACGUGGAACUGAACUGACACGCUAAUAUGGAUUCUCAUCUCUGACAGAGUCAGUAUGCAUUCAAAAGAGUUACUCAUUCUGAAGGUAAUUAUUGGUGUCUUUUAUUUACUUUUUCACUUAUUUUUACUAAGAAAGAAACCAAUUCUCUUAUAAACUCAACACUUAAAAGUAAAUAAUUAACUUGUAAUUUAGCCAGGUGGAACUUUUAUCUUCCAGAAACCAGUGGUCAUACUUYCUAUUGGUUCAUUGGCUGCAUGUGCUAAUUCUUGAGGCUACUUUUUUGCAUUUCAGUCGGUACAUAAAUGAAAUUAUUUCGUCGGGAGCUAUGGCUUUUCCCGAUGAAAUGAAAUGUGUCUGGAAAAAUUUUCAUUGGGAAAGAGGUAAAUYGUUGUAGUGCAUGUUGCUUCUCUCUUUUGUCGAUGAGAAACUUUUCGGUUAGCUUCUCUGGUGCUGUUUCCAAUGAAUUCUUCGGUUAGUUUUCUUUUCACAUUUCAGCUCCACCUCUAAUGGGAUCUUAGAGAUAUAAGGUAAGAUCUCGCAUGUGGUAGAGUGUACCUUUAGGGUUGAAGUUGAAAGGAAGAUACAGAGCUCCACUAU